CAUCACUAAAAAUGGCGGAAUGAUAGCGCCUGAAGAAGUGUGUUUAUAAAACAAUGUUAUAUUUUCAGCAUGGAUUGUCCGGUUAUGGGACAUGAGAGGUUAUGGAAGAGAAAGUAGGACCUUUUACUUUUAUUUCUAACUUUGACUCGGGAAAUUUAGCGCGCGUUGAAAGAGUAAAAACUGAAGACGCUUCUUCCAGUCCAGAGGAUUGUGAUGGAGCUGUGGUGAUAAAUCCUGACUUUGAUUACAAUGUUUGGACGGCUCCCGACUGUGCUGGCACCGAGUUUGAAAAUCAAAAUCGAACAUGGUUUUAUUUCGGCAUCAAAGGAGGUCAACCUGGAAAACUUUUACGGAUAAAUAUCUUGAAUUUAAAUCGACAGGGAAAGUUGUACGGUCAAGGCAUGACUCCGCUGGUGAAGGUUGUCCCAUCUAGGAACAAAUGGGAGAGAAUACGAGAUAAACCGAAAUAUGAGACUGUUGAUGGCCAGUUUAGACUGUCAUUCACUUAUCGCUUUCCUGAUCAGCGCAGUGGAAUUCACUACUUUGCUUUCUGCUAUCCAUACUCAUACUCAGAUUGCCAAGCAAAGCUUGAUGAUUUAGACAGAAGCUUUACCAUAUGUCAGCAAAUGACCCCCUCUGAACCAAAAGACUCUAUCUAUUUCUAUCGGGAACUUUUGUGUUACACACUGGACAGCUUAAGAGUAGACCUUCUAACAAUAACUUCUGCAAAGGGCAUGAUGGAGGAGAGGGAAGAAUCUCUGCCAAGUCUUUUUCCAGACAAAACUGUUCCUAGGGCUCACAAGUUUGAAGGGAAGAAGGUGUUUUUCCUGAGUGCCAGGGUACAUCCAGGGGAAACUCCAUCAAGUUUUGUAUUCAAUGGAUUCCUAGACUUUAUUUUACGCCAAGAUGAUCCCAGAGCUGCAGCAUUACGGGACCAAUAUGUGUUUAAGUUGAUACCAAUGUUGAAUCCAGAUGGUGUCAAACGUGGCCAUUACCGCACUGAUCAGCGAGGUGUGAACUUGAAUCGAGUGUAUAUGGAUCCUGAUCCUCUCCUUCAUCCUUCAAUCUUUGCAGCCAAAAGUAUCAUUUUGUAUCACCACACUAAAGGAAACUUGCACCAAGAUUCUGACCACCAUAAUGCUUGUGUAUGUGAUACAGAGAAGGCAAAAAAAGUCACUGUAAACCUUAACACUACACCUGUUGAAACUGGCUCUGAAUUCUUCACAAACAAAGAUAUUUUAGAUUUGCAGUCAGUUCCUUCUGAGUUAAAGCCAGAGUUGCCAGAACCUGAGUCUGUAAAAAUGGAUUUCAUAAGUGUGGAGGGCAAUGGAAUGAUAGACAAAGAUGCCAACAAUAACAAGAACAAGGAAACACUCUCAUCAAAUUUAGACUCUCUAGCAUUGAAAAUGUCACCUGAUGUUCAGACUGGUGCCUCAAAUGAUGCACUUCAAAUGGACACUGUUGUUUCUAAUCAGCUUUCAAAUGAAAGUACAAGCAGCAUGUCAAGUGACUGCCAUUCAGAAAAGCAGUUAAAUACAAGAACUCUAGACCAGCCUCAGUUCAAAACGGUGUUGAACAAGAAAGAACCUGCAAAUUGCAUCUAUUGCUCUUCACAGACUUCAUCUGAGCAAAGCAGUGGGGUUGCAUACUAUGUUGAUCUGCAUGGCCAUGCUUCAAAGCGCGGAUGCUUUGUCUAUGCAAAUUACCUGGAGAAUGAAGACAAUUAUGUCAGCUCUAUUUUAUUCCCAAAACUCAUCUCUUUGAAUUCAACAAACUUUGACUUUGCGGCUUGUAACUUUACUGAAAAGAACAUGUACAGCAAGGACAAGCGAGAUGGCAUGUCCAAAGAAGGAAGUGGGAGGGUUGCCAUCUAUAAAGCCACUGGGAUAAUUCACAGUUAUACACUAGAGUGUAACUACAACUGUGGGCGCACAGUCAAUUGCUUGCCACCUGCCACUUGUGAUAAUGGGUGUGCUACUCCGCCUCCUUUGCCUGGCUUCCCACCCAAGUAUACACCAGAGAUUUAUGAAGAGGUGGGGCGAGCAAUGGCAGUGGCUGUACUUGAUAUGAACAACACCAACCCCUGGACACGACUUCCUCUCAGUGAGUUUACAUCUUUAGAAGGAGUCAAGAAUUGGGUCAGGCGGUUUGUCAAGAGUUCCAAGAAUGCACCCUCAGUACCCAAGAAACUCUCUCGAGUUAUUACUAAAACUUCAAGUAUGGUGGCAGGAGCAACAGCAAGUACACGUCAGAAAUUAUCUGUAUUGGCAAGUUCAUCCAGUGAUAUGUCUUCUGAUAACGCAGCUAGUGGAGGGCACAGAACAACAGAUCACCCAUCACAGAAUGGAACAAAUGUUAACAAGGAAACUGGUAAAAAGCCAGCUACUGAUACUGUGAGGCGGCCAUAUCACCUGGCAAGUACCCAAAAGACAUCCUUGCAAGGACCAGGGGCCCAGAGUGGAAAGAGUGGAAAGAACCAUCAUGAUGAUACAUGCUCUUCAUCACCUGGGACUCUGUCAGGAGCCAACAGAAGAGAUCAGUUAUCUGGGCCAGGACCUUUGAGAGCAACAGUGAGCCAACUUUGUUGUGUUUUAUUUUUUUUUUUCCAUUAUGUGACUUUUAUGUUAUGUCAACUGAUAAACUUUCAAAGAAAAACAAAACACAAACAUUUUCUUUCGGGGCAUGGACUACAUUUAGCUUUUGUAUCAAAACAGGGUCCAACUCUGAGGCUGGUGCACAAUUUACGUCAUCAGCCCCAAGGUCAUGUCCAGCCUACAUCAUUGUCCAGUAAAUCUUUAUCAUCUCCUGUUGAGAUUAAAAUGAGCACUAUUGACGUCCACAAGCAGUUCAUUAGUUUUCACAGAAGCAAACCAGGCGUGGCAUUAAGGAAUGGCCACAGUAGCCAGAGUGAUGAAGAGAAAAAAAAAAAGAAUGUUCGUCCAAGGAGGAAAAAUGGAAGGAAAAAAGAAAAAAAUGGCGAAGCAGUGGCUAGAGAUGAAAUUCAACCUUCCGAAAUAUCUUCAUCAAGGCCCCCAGUGGCAGAGGAUAUUCAUGUUAGCACAGUUGAGAAAGAAGAGGAAGGGAAAUCCAAGAGUACUAACCUGUCACGCAGAAACAGUUCCAAGAAUAUGAUAAGCUGUAGCAUGAUGUCUUGUGAAGUUGUGGAUAUCAAGGAGUUACCACACACACCUCAGAGUGGCAGCGGCACAAAUCCUUUGACAUUCUGGCCAAACACAUCUGUCAGCUGACAUAACAGGAGUGAAGACCAUUUUUUAAGCUUCAUGGUGUAUUUACUAAACAUUUCAGAGUGGAAAAGUGUUUUUAAGCAUACACAAUUUUAUGUAGAUUUACAACAAAAGAUUGAAAGUUUUUGUCUUAAAGUUUAUAGGAUAUGUCUUAACUGUACAAGGAUUAUUUAAAUUUUAAAAUGUUUUUCUCUAUUUAUACUGUGGAAAUCAAACAAGGAAGCUAUGUUAUUUUUUUAAAGUAUUACAUGUAGGUUAGUGGUAAUGUAAUUUUCUGAGUGAAGGGCUAACUUUCAAUUAUUCUAGGAUUGCUUUUCUUUUCUUUUAUCACUCUGCAUCUGGUAUUGGCCAACUGGAAAUUACACUCUACAAUCCUAGCAAAUGAGAUGUUUUCCUCCAUUCUGAUAAGCCUUGUGAUAACUUUGAUAUUCAUUUUUGUGGUACACUAUCAAAAAUUGUACUGUGAGCAAGCAUGUUGUUAUCAUCAACAGUGAUGUGGUAUUCAUUGAUUGGAGUGUGGAGUGAGUUGGUUUGUGAUGAUUUGAAAACAAAUUUUAAAAAAUAUUCACGGUUGAUAUUUUAUUGUUGGUUAAUGUUUCUUUCGACAAGUAGCUUUUAGUUAUACUGAGUUGAUUAAACAUGUAGGAAUGUAAAACAAAGUAAAUUGGUAUUGAGUACUGCA